UUGUUUUGUUGGCUCUCUCUUCUUCUUUCUUUGUUCUCUGCGAAUUUUCUUGCUCUUUAUCUCCUCUCUUUCUCGGUAACCAAACAGGAUAUUGUAUGAUACUUGUGGAUAGAUGAACCGAUUUAAAUGUUUGAGGAUCUCCAGCUAGUUGAGAGAAUGUUUUUGUAGAUACAUUUUGAAGAAGUUCGAAAGCUUUCACGAAGAUCGGUUCUCUAGAUGUUCAGAGAUCGGAAUUUGAGAGCCGAUGAUAUAAGCUCUAAGAAAUGCCAAUCAUUCUGUUAAAAGUCUGAUUUAGAUUCAAGUAUCGGCUUUGAAGGAGGCGUAAAUGUCAAAAUCUGUGUAAUUUUUCUUAUAGUUUGAGAGCAAUCCGUUUUCACUGCUAUUAAAUUCUGAAGAAGCGCAGAUUUCUUCUGCGAGUGGAAGUUUCUGGUGUGUAAAAGGAAAUGGAAAAGGACUCGUUAAGAAGCAGCAGCAACAAUAAUAAUAAUAACAUAAACUUCGCUAAUAAUAACCAUAAAACCGGAGGCGGAGGAGGAGAUGGUUUGUUAAGAACCAUUUCAGCUACGACGACAACAACAACCGCGAGACAAACGACGACGUCGGAUUUUGUUUUACAGUGGGGUAAUCGGAAGCGACUCAUGUGCAUGAAGAUUCAGAUCAAGGACAACUCUAAUGCUCCGGUUCAUCGGACCACGGUUCGGGUUGAUCGACGGGUCGUUCGAGCUGAUAAAGACUUGGCUGCUUCUAAUCAGCCAACUACUGCAACAACUACCACCACUACCAAUAAUAGUAAUACUAACGGAUAUCUGAAUCUCCGUCACCGUCCUUCCUCUCCUCCUCAGCGAAUUCUCAGGAAUUCUGAUAAUUCAAGUGCCAUGAGAGGCGGGCACGGCCAUAGCAACGGUGGUUUUAGGAGUCUAACUUCACCAGACAGGGGUGCGCACGAUAAGAAAAGCACAACAAACAACAGCAAUCAUGAAAUUAACAAUAAUAAAUCAGGGAGAUCUUCAGAAAUAGCGCAUGAUAGCAAAAAAGGAGGGUCAUCUUCCGGUGGAAGCGGAGAGGCGGCAGCCGCAGCACAAUCACCGCAACCACCGAUUAUUUGGCCACCGAAGCUAUUGAUUGCUCUUACAAACAAAGAGAAGGAAGAAGAUUUCAUUGCCUUUAAAGGCUCUAAACUUCCUCAAAGACCCAAAAAGCGAGCCAAGUUCGUUCAACGCACUCUCAAUCUUGUAAGUCCUGGAGCAUGGCUUUGCGACCUGACGCUAGAACGGUAUGAAGUGAGAGAAAAGAAGAUUAUUAAAAAGAGACCAAGAGGGUUGAAGAAUAUGGGAAAUAUGGAGUCCGAUUCCGAGUAAAUCGAAUUCUUCGGCCAAGAAUGGCUGCGAUGAUAAUGACGCCAACAAUUGCAGUUGUUUGUCGAAAGUGUGUGUUUAUUUUUGGCCGAGGAAAUAUUGUGUAAAUCACCUCCUUUCACCUCUAUAUAUGAAUCAAAGGAUGGAAAUUUAGUCAUAUUUAUUUCUGUGCUAACUUAAGAUUCAUCACGGUAAAAGAAGCUUGAAUUUAA